UAAACAUUUUUUUCAUGUUUUUGGUAUCUUACCUUACUGAAAAUUUUCUCUGUGACGCGAGUUCUGGAACAGUCGUUACUUGCUAGAACCUUUUGCACUGGUAAACACGAAAGCCGGAUACAUCUGCUCAAUUUCCGGUUGCUGCAGUUGCAGGUCACAAAUUCUGUGUUUUUUUUUUUGCUCUCUAACGUCAAUUUAUAAGUUACUGUAUUCAUCUUGAAAAUGCCUCUCUUAAGUAGCUAGCCAGUUAUUAAAUAAUUAAAUCAUUUAGUUCCAGAGUAUUUUCAAAGUAAAAUUCAGUAUUUCAUUUAUUUUAUCCCCGAGGGGAUAAAGUACCAGAUUAUUACUCAAAAAAGAGGGAAUAAAAGCGUCACUUUACUUCUUGUUGAGAGGAAAUUACUAGUAUUAUGUAAAUUUUUCAUUCUUGGUUGGGCCACCAGUAAUACACGUACCUGUCAUUUGUUUCGUCACAUCAAGUUGCAUAACCUGUGUUGUCACACUUGGCAUUUGACAAUUGACAUUUAGUGUUUAUUUACAAAUGAUGGCUGGUGUGGUACCAAAAAGGGCAACAUCUGGACGAAAACAAUGGACUUUACAUGACGGCCCCCGAAGCUCCCUCAAACGGUUGCGAAGCCAAAUGGCGACCGACGGUUGUCCCGAAUCACAAGUCGUCCUUGCGAAACAAUUAUUAGAUGAGCCCUGUGAAAUAGAAACAGAAAUGAGAGAAAACGAGCAAUUGGGUGUGUUCUGGUUAAUCAAAGCGUCGGAACAGGGUAACACCGAGGCCACAAAUUUGCUCAAAACGUGUCUACAAACAGGCAAAGGCAUCACAGAGCUAAAUUAUCUAGAUGUUAAGCGGUGUAUUAGUAUGACACAGCACGAGAAACUAGCCAGGAAGGCCGCUCGUGAAAUGUUUGCCAGUUUGUCAAAUGGGGGCGAUUAUAUAACCUCUGAUCAAUUACAGAGAAAAAUUUUGGCGAUUGAUCGCGAUCAGUAUCAAACAAUACAUCACGAAAAUGGUCACAUUAAUGGCGAGCUUGCUUUUAAUGAAUCUGAAUCAGAUGAAGAAACCGACUGGAGUCAGAAGUCGGACCAAAACGAGAAACUCACAGAAGACCUUUUGGUAUCAGCCGCUGUUGAUUACUCUCACGGACACCUUCCUCUAGUCAAUCGCACUUUGUGUCUCUCAGACCCUGAUUUAAAAGCUCUAGACAAUAUUCCCCUUAUUCAAAGAUCAAUCUUACAUCCCGUUCUAGCCCUCAAGAUACUGUAUUACAAACUUGUAAAAUUUCUAGGGCAAGGUUUCACCCUAUUUUUUCCUUUAGCUAAGUCCGAAAUUCAGUUACUUGUCUUAAUGUUGGUUUACACACUGGUUAGUUCUGACAAUGUUUUAUAUUUUUUUCCUAUGAUUUUCUAUUUUGUUAGCUUUAUCAUAAUGGUUAUUUCGACGUUUCAAAUGUUGCAAAUUAAACGCGAAUUUCACGAUUUCCGGUUGUGGUCAGGUUUAUUUAUUACUUAUUCUGGGGGUGAUUUGAAUUCAGAAGAUGCAGAAUUUUUGUACAUCCGGAAUAAUCUUAAACCAUACGGUUUGUUUUUUGGGUCACUUUUAGUAAAUUUUGUUGUUUAUCCUAUUAUAGUCAACCAGUGGAUCCCCCAGUCCGAAUUAAUGAUAAUUUCAUUCUGUCUGACUUUUGCAACACUUCUAGGUUUCAUGUAUAAGAGAAGGGGGAAGACAGUUUUCGAUCUUUUGGUAUUUUUUAGUUUCGGGAUUAAUGUGCUAGCGAAAUACCCCUAUGAGACUGAUCCAGUUGUAGCUCAAGGUUGGAGGUUUCUUGAUUUAAAAAUCCCAACUUUCGCCAGUUAUGUGAUAGGAAACGGCAUCGAAUUUUGUAUCAAUUUUCGAUUAUUCCUCUACAUGUUUAUUCCACUUUUGUUGGUCAAAAUAGCGUCAAGGCAGGACUGGAAAGGCACUUAUCAAAUGUUGAUCCCCCACUGUGUGACUCUGAGUUGGCUCCAGGUGUGUAUAGUAAGCUCCGAGGGGGCCACAAUGUACGGCUUGUUACGCGGCAGUUUGGCUUUAGUGGGGGUUGUUUUAUUCUUACCCCUAGUUGGGCUAACAAGUGUGAUACUCCCGGCAGCUGCUUUAACAAAAUGGAUAGUGGCUUCGAAUUUCUUUCUCAGCGUUUGUGUUUUCGUCGGUGUAUCUGGUUUAGGGUUGGCGGUUUGUUGGGCCUGUGCCCAAACCAGAUUUAGUAAAAUCACAGCUUUUAUUCAAGUCCUUUCAACAAUUUUCGCUGUUUUAACCCUUAUCAAAUCCAGUUAUAAAAACGAGGAACUUUAUUUUGAAAAUAAAUUACCGGAGUAUUUAUCAUGGGAUGUUUAUCAGCGGUUUUGCCAUCAACCAGUCUGGCAAGAAGAAAACAUCGCAAUUGCCCAAUUGAAGUGUUCUGAAUUACACAAUUCGCACAUUAACUGGGACGGUUACAUCCAUGACAUUAAAAUUUUGACUAUCUCAAACAAGUUCCAAACGAUUAUCGAUCAGUUCCCUUUGACUUUACGUGAUUAUCUUUAUUGUUUUUACGGGGAAGAAACUAGAAAUGAUUGUUCAAAUUUCCCCCCUGCUGUUCGCGAAGAGUGCAGCUCCUUCUACAAUGCAAUAAAAUCGACAAAGUCGUGUUCGCUUCAAAAACAUAAUUCGUACACGUUUGAAAUAACAACGAAAGUGCAAUCAGGGAUUUGGGGAAAAAGUCCUGAAGUAACGAUUGUUGUUGAUGAUUAUUUUCGAAAUUUUACCCUCGGGCUUAAGCCUAAUGAUCACAUUUGGUUCAAGGGUACAUUGUUUAAUAAUGAGAUUGUGGGGUCUGAUGGGAUUUUAGGAGGGUUCAAAACUCAUGUAAAAUUGGAGGAAAUUGGUUGCCUUGCGUGUAGUAAUAAUAAAUUAACAAACAUUAAAAAAGAGCUGCAAUCUAGAUUUGAUAUUAAGAAUGUUAUUGAUGGUCUCAUUUUGGGAUUCAAGUUUGUCUUGAAUGUUAUUUUAAGCCCAGUCGUAGUGUUUAAGUGAUUUGUUACGUAAUUUAUUAAAAAAUGUAUUUAUUUAUGUUAAUAAAUGUUAGAAAUUA